CGCAAUGCGGAUAAAAUUGCGGCUGCAGAAUGAAAACGUUUGUGGAUAUGUCGGAUUUAGUUAUCUACCGCCGUGAUUAAAAAAAUAAAGUAUAGUUAAAAAAUAAUGAGAGAAUAAAUUGAUCAAAUAAAGUUACAAUUCGUACACGCAUAUUUUGUGUGGUAGUGAAGUGAAUUAUUUAUACCAGCAGUUAGAUAAAUAUUCACACUGAUAACUAAGUGAAAAAUGGCAGCCCUUCCACGCAGAAUAAUUAAAGAAACUCAACGUUUAAUGGCUGAGCCAGUACCAGGAAUUAGUGCUGUACCCGCAGAAGAUAAUGCUCGUUAUUUUCAUGUAAUAGUGACAGGUCCUGAAGGUUCCCCCUUCGAGGGAGGGUUAUUUAAAUUAGAAUUGUUCCUUCCAGAGGACUAUCCUAUGUCAGCACCAAAAGUAAGAUUUAUUACUAAAAUAUAUCAUCCAAAUAUUGAUAGACUGGGUAGAAUAUGCCUUGACAUUCUUAAGGAUAAAUGGAGUCCGGCUUUACAAAUCCGUACUGUCUUAUUGUCCAUUCAGGCCUUACUUAGUGCUCCUAACCCAGAUGAUCCAUUAGCUAAUGAUGUAGCUGAAUUGUGGAAAGUAAAUGAAUCAGAAGCUAUUAGAAAUGCAAGGGAGUGGACACGAAGAUAUGCUAUGGACAACUAAGUGUGCUCCAAAUGAAUAUUGGUAAAAAACAUAACCAUUCUACUUUUAUCUUAGUAUAUGUUUUGUUUAAUUUAAUAUCAAAGUGGAAUUGUCAUGUUCCUUACAAUAGUUGUAUAAAAUGUAUGCUAAUGAAAGAACAUUCUGAAGAUAUAAUAAGUUUAUCAUUAUGGUGGUUCAUAACAGAAAUUCUUUAUUUAAUGGUGUAUAUUUUUCCUUGUUUAAUUUUUUUCCUCACAAAUCCUUUCAUACUUCUUCAUGUUAUAGAGACUUUAACAUGUUCAGUGCUGUUUAGAGGAUAAUUGUUAUACUUUCUCAUUAUUAAUUAAACAUAUAUGCUGAAUUUGCUGAUGAUAAAGUCAAUUAACAUUUCCAAAAUUUAGAAACAAAAUAUAAAGUUUAAAAUUCAGUUUUAAAAACAACUUCAAAAUAAACAUUAUAAAGUACUGGGGUGAUUUGGUUAAUACAUUUAAUGAUUGAUAUAACAGUAUGUUUUAAAAUCUAUAAGUAGUCAUGAACGGCUAAUUUAUGUUGAAUUAUAUCAAGGAAAUAUCUUCAUUUUUGCUACGGCUAUCUUAAUUUAUUUAAUAUAUUGUCAAUGUAGAUAGUUUUUUGUUAAACUUUUGUUAAUAUGGUAACAACUACAUAUUUCUCUUUUUUUCCUAUUUAUCCAUUUAUCCUGUAGAAGUUGUAUACAAUCAGUAAUCUACACAUAUGAAUAAGUGGCAAUAUGAUCUCUAAAGUAAUAGAUGUUUAGUUGUAUACAAUUUUUUUAUUACACUAGUGAACCUUUCUAUAUCUUUGCAAAAUAAUGUGUAUAACAUCAUUUUUGCUAAAACAUUUCUACAAACAAUGCAUCUUCAACAUGUUAAUAUUUUAGGUUAAAUAAAAUGCUUAUGCCAGUGAAAGUAGCAAUAAGUCGUUUCUUAUUUCUCUCAGUAAAGUCAGCUUAUUCAAAUUUCAUAACAAUUGAAAACAUUGCGAUUUAGACUUAAUCUGGUAUAUUCAUGAAAUCGUUAUUCCUAAUUUAUUUGAUUUUUUUAAAUUUUACCCAGAAUACAUUGUUUUUUUGUUGUUUUGAUAUCAAUGGUCUUCAUGAAACAUACUUUGCAUGUAGUUUUUUCUUGACAGUUUACAUGUGAAAGAUAAAAAUUCACUUGAUAAACACACUUCACUUUCUUUAUGUUUUAAAUAAAUAACUAUUUACCCUUUUGACAUUAUAAAACUCUUGUCAGAGAUGGUAAUGUGAAGUUUUCCUUCCAUUUUUUUAUUUUUUAUUUCUUAGCUGCAUAUUGCUACACAAUUGUGGCUAUGCUGUAAUAACAAUUACAAUUUUUUGUAAUAAUCUAUGAAAUCUCAUUUUUAAUGAAUGAAUACACUUUUGAAAUUUUAGUUAACAAUCAUUCCUUUUCUAACCUGUAACUGUAAGUUGCCGAAUGAAUAAAUUUUGGAAUAUUGGAAAUAUCAGAAUGUUAAAUAAGUAAACCAAUAUUGGAAUAUAUAAACAAUUGUAGUCUUCUGUUCAAUGAAAUAGCAGACAAGUCUUUGGCAGGUUUUUGCAAUUUUUUUUGUUGUGUAAAUUUACUUGACAUUUUUUGUUGCCAUGUUACUGAUAUUAAGUUAUCAGGUAAGUAUUUACAAAAACAUUCUCAUUAUACCAUAAUUAUUAACCCUUUCAGUUCAGCCAACUUCCAAUUUGGCAAUAAUUGCAUUUUACUGGAUUUCAGUUACUGAGAAGACACUUUUACUUCAACUGAACUCAAUUAUUCAGUUAUCUGUCACUGACAAAGACAACAUGUGAAUGUAUGCUUUUUCAGUGAACAGAAGUGUAUAAAUGGUACUGUGAUGUAAGAAUAAAUGUUCAUUAAUUUUUUAUAUAUUCUACUUUUUAAUCAUUUCUAUAGGGCUGUUGUAAUUAUAAUGACAAAAAAUCAGUUUAUCAUAGUUCUUUUGAAUAUCAUUAUCGAUAUUUUGUGAUGAAAUUAUAAGGACUUUUUUGGAAACUGUGAUCAGGUUAACCCAAGGGUCAGCAAUCUUUUGAAUCAGGAGAACUAAAAAUUACAAUUUUUUUGUUGCCAAUAAUAAAUAGAACUUACAUAAAUAAAGUUUUUUGGUAAAAAUAUAGUUUAAAAAAACUUGAAAACACGCUUUUAAAGCACAUCAAACUAAGUUAUAAAUAUUUUUUUAUAAGCUUAAAAUAAUAACGAAUAAAAAAUACGGACGACUUCUUUAACGGCAAUUUUCCAAUCAGAUACUCUACAAUCUUCACGCAAAUGCAAACUUGCUGCCGAUUCUGAAGUUAAGUCUAAGUACUCGUUUGGUUUAGUAAUGAAUUCCAGUUAUAAUAUUAAAUCUUCACGUUGUUCUCUUAAAAGGUCAAAGAAUGCACCUGCUCUGAGCUUAUGAAUUUUUUUCUCAGUUGCUAAUUUAUUUCUUUCUUCUUCAGUAGACGCAUUUUUUAGUUUCUACACGAUUUCCAAAUAGGCGGAAGAAACAUCAAUACGAGGUGUCUUGAAGCUCAAGUUGAAUUUGGUAGUAAAAACAAAUCUAAAUUAGUACCUCUUAACUUGUAACUCCUAAUCUACUGCAUUGUUGUACAUUUUGUGCAUUUUAUUUAUUGAUAGAUCAGAUGGUAGAUACAUUCCCCUUGUGACUGAGCGACAAUAGUGAGAUCCUAUGCACUUGAAACGUUUGAUGUAGCUCUCAAUAGCAUUUUGCUUUUCCAGAAACAUAGGUGUCUUACGGUCGUCUCCCCUUUUCUCUACAAAUGUUUUUCCGGUCUUUGAAAAAUGUUUCAUAAUAGAAUUCAAACGAUGCUUUCGAACACCUAAUAUUUUCAAAAAUGAAGCCUGGCAUACAGGCAAAUUUUCCUUGUAAAAGAUUCUUACAAAACAUUUCACAGUAGUUUAUUUCGGUGUAUGUUCCUUGUUUUUUGGUCGGCGGCGUUUACAUGGUGCUACUUACUGUGCAGUACUUAAGAAUGAAUGGGUCUUGUGGAAGCUUAUUAGUGGAACUAAAAAAUGCUGCAUGAAAAUCUUUUACUUCUUUAAUUAUAAGCAACAUGCUUUUUUAAGCUUGUGUCCCAUGACCACAUUCAAGGUACUCCGGUAACGAUUUAGAUGAAUAUUGUUUAGACUAAAAUACAAAGAAUCUCAAAGCAGUAACAGAAAUCGGCUCUCUAGAUACAUAAAUAAUUUGUUCUAACCUUAGUCUCUUAGCGACAUUACACUUACAUUUUAUAGGAUCUCUGUUUCUUUUCCUUGCAGCAUCUGGUGUGACGACAACUGGAGCUACUUCCAUAGUAAUCACUAUUUUACACAAUAAUAAAUGAAUAUUAAACUUUAAUUAUUAACAAACUUACUGCUAGCUGCAGGUAAACUCACCUGGUAACACUGGUUAUGAGCUCAAUAGCUUUCGCGCCAUAAUCGAAUAACGUCUCUGAUUGGCGGAAAUGCAGAUUGCUGGUUUCGAUAUUUAUCUCGCAGUGGAGAUUGCCGUAUUUGUUUCUAAUAGUAACUUUGUUACUGCAUUUUUCAUUGGAUAUUACCGAGAAUGAUACUGAACUGUGUACUCAUCUGAUAAAGCAUGCAAGUAUGAGAAUUAUGACAUAGAACUCGUUUUGCUAAAAAAAUGGAGAUUGCCCCUUUUGAUAUUAGUAACCUCAUUUACCUACUGAUCUACCCGGGUAGAAGGGAUCCAAUCGUAUGACUACGACCCGAUUAAUUCGAUCAGUUUCCGAACAAUAGUGAACGUGAUUGAGGUUAGUUUCCGGACAUUCAGAUCAUGAACGAGUUAACCCUAUCAUAGUUUCCGAAAAGUCCUAUAGUCAUCCGGAAGACACAUUUCAAUUCCAAAAUCAAUAUUGGUUUAAAAUAACCGUAUUUUAUCAGUCAAUGUCUGGUAUGAUCAAAAAUUUUUCAAAUUCCUCACAAUGUUUAUGAAAUGCUAAAAAUACUGAAAGCAAUAUUCAAUUGGGCUAUCUAUAGACUAUUCACAAUUAAAGUUACUUUCAGAUAUGUUAAUUUUAUAUUAAUGUACUAAAAAUAUAUCUUCAAAGAACUCAGCAGGAAUCUUAUGUAUUUUGGAUUUUCCUGGUCCCUAUUUUUCAAAUCUCAGCAAGAUGUAUUCUUAAAAUAUAAGUAAUAAAAUAAAUACAUAGUACUCCAAAUUAUUCACUUCAUUUGCAUUAGUUUAAGUAAGAAUUUUUGUUGCUAAAUAAAAUCAAGUUAAAUUUAUUAAACUUGUAACAAUUAAAGUUCAAUUAUUAAUGUAUAUAUAUCUCAUUGAAUAAAAAAGAACAUAUUUGAAGGUAAUUGAAAACAAUGAAAAAAUCCAGAACUAAUAAGGUUAUUACUGAGUCCUUCAUAAAAAAUUAUGCAAUGCCCAUUUUGUACUAUUUGCAAAAUCUGGACACACACAAUGGAAGAAAGAUAAUAGGAGAAGUUGAAUAAAUUCACAAUAAGACACUUAACAGCAAAAGGUUUUCUCAUCUAUGUUUUGUGAAUGCAAAUAAAAUGAAAAUAAUUUAGUAUUUAUAAAAAAUCUAGGUUAGCCAAUGUUACACUAAUACUCGUUUGCUUUAGGUACUAGCAGUAGUUAAACCUGAAUGUGAGUUUUUUUCUUAAAUCAUACUAUAAAAGGUGAUUCAUAGAAGGGACUUGAGAAAUUUUUCAAUUUGUGGUUUGAAUAUUUUUUUAUGCUAAAAAGACUCUAAACUACUUUAGAUCAAUUAAUAUUUUGAAAAUCCUAUUUGUCAAAUUUUUAAAUUUCAGUUAUGUCAAGUUUGAGGAUAAAGGAUAAAUUAUUGCUAGACAUCAAAGUAUUUCAGAUUUUCAAAGGGCAAUCUUUUCUAUUUUGUGACUAUAAAAUUGUAUUAAUGAGAGGAUUCAGCCGAUGAAAUUAUCAAAGCAACUGAGUAAUUUCAUUUAAAUUGUCAUUUCUUAAUCGCAAAUUUGUAAAUGAAUUAUUAGAUAAAAUAAUACAUAAUAACGACGUCAUUGUAAGCUUAAUAUUUAACCAUUUUAAUGAUAAAAAAAUAAAUAACUCAUGACACAGUAUUUAUUAAAAAGAAAUCUUGUUUUUAUAAAGUGUGGUCCAACCAAAAUGCACGAUGUUAAUUGUAAAUAAAACAAAAAGUUUUCAGAAAAUUAUCUUAAUAUUUUUUAUAAUGAUACAAGGAUCUAUGACAAUUAUGUGUGAAACAAAAUAUCGGCCAAAUGCUCGCCACGGCUUCGGUGGAAUACCUAUAUCCGAUGGUACAUAUUUUCAAUGACUCUGAGACAUAAUUGCGGUUCAAUGUCAUUAAUGUGCCGAAUUAUCUCAUCCUUUAGCUCUUGAAUUGUUCUUGGCUUAUUAACGUACACUUUUUCUUUCAAAUAUCGCCAAAAAAAGAAGUCCAACGGUUUCAAAUCAUAUGAUCGUGGCGGCCAAUUAACAUCUCCACGACGAGAGAUAACACGACCAUAGAAUUUUUCGUGCAAAAGAGCCAUUGUUUCGUUGGCAGUAUGGCAAGUGGCACCAUCCUGUUGGAACCACAUAUCGUCCAUAUCCCCAGUUUCUGGCCACAAGAAUCCACUGAGGACUCUGAAGAUAUUUUUCUUUGUAAAGUUACCAUUCACUUCUGUCUGUUCAACCAACCAUCGGCAUAUUGACGAUGCUUGAAAUGGCCAGUAGGCUUCAGCUCUUGAGUCAAUUGAACCUUGUAAGCGUGUAAAUUCAAAUCUUUAUUCAAAUUUCGCCGACGACGAGUCGAGGUUGACGGCUCUUCUGCCACAAAAUCGCGAACAAUAGCAAGUUUUCCGCAGAACGAACGGGAUGAGCAUGCACAGGUGUUUUCACAUUUCAUACAGACCCGGUUUGCUGAAAUUUGCGCACAAUUCUCCUCAUUGAGGACACAUUUGGUUGAUUGUGCUGACCAAAAAAAUCACGAAGUGCACGAAAUGCAGUUUGAUUCGAACGCCCAUUCUCGUAAAAGGUUUUAACAAUCUUAACGUUUUGUUCAAUUGUGUACCUCUCCGUGGUUGAAUUUAUCAAACACUGAAACAAAGAAAUGUCAAAUUAAGAUGGGGAAAAAACUUGACGUAAAUGUGCGGCCCACAAUUGACAUCGUGCAUUAUAGUUGGACAACCUUUUAUAACGCUCAUAUUUUUAUUAAGAUCAUAGAAUGGUAAAAGGAAAAAAAUGGAGUUAUGGAUAUGGCUAUUAACAAUAAAAUUCAUUUACUAUUUUAUUUUCCUAUAAACAUGAGAACUUUUGGGGAUCUUGUGAAAUUGUUUGCCAGAUUAAUCAAUCCAAUAAGAAUAAAUGUUUACUUUAAUAAUUAUUUCAAUUAUGUUUAAUGAUGUCCAAUUGUUUUAAUCAAGCUAUCUUUUUAUGAUGUAUGUAGUUAUCACAAACCAAGUUCAGUCUUAUUCAUUUCAAGAUUAUUAUAAAAAAUGAAAUCUUUGUACAAGGUCAUAAUUGAUAAGAUAAAUGUAGGUAUAGUAAUCCAUCUCCUAUGUAAAUAGCUAAGUUAGUCCAGUAUAAAUAACAUUUAGUCCAUGCAUAAUAACAGCGUAGAAUUAUAUCAAACGCAUUUUAAAUUUGAAUCACUACAGAAUAUACCUAAACAUGAAAUCAAAACCUAGAGCAUCUCUAUCUGUAACUUUUGAUUCAACGAGUGCUAAUUAUCUGAGAUGUUCUAAUAAUUUUCUUUCAAAAAGUAUGAUUGCUCAAACAAAUGAUGCUCAAUCUUGCUCGGAAAGAACUUGAAAUAUUAAACGUAAUAAUGCUAUGAACAAUAGUUUCGUUGUUGUUGUUUGUUUUUCAAUUUAUUCUUAAAAUUAUUGAUAAUAUUACAAGUAUCAGAUCAUAUUUUAUUUUGAAUUUCGUUAUUUAGAUGAUUGGUGUUGCAUUCAAUAUUACAUAAGAUAUUUGUCACAGGUAAUUCUUUGUCACUAGAAAUAUUUUGUGCAAAAUUGGGACCUAAAGAUAAAACUUCUUUCACCAUUGUUGGCUCUAAGCAGUUACAGUCUGUAAUUAAUUCCAAGUCAUGUACGCUGUAACAUGUCUCCUGUGAUUGUACUAAAAAUUUGUGUAAAGCAGCGUUUCAAGUCAUCAAUGUCAUUAACAAUGUCCUUCAAAUAAUCCCACAAAAAGAAGUCGCCAUGGAAUUGGCCAUCCUGUCCAAUGCAUUGGUUGGGAAAAAUUUCGUUGAGGUGUUUCCGAACUGCUGUCAACCAGUGUGUUAGUGCACCAACCUUGUUGAAGUAAAUAAUCGUCUGUAGGGGAAGUCGGGGAAUACUGCGCGACUAAGGAGAAAUGUGCAAAAUUUGAUUAAUAUGAAAUGAAUAAAUUUCAUUUUUACCCCACGUAGACUGAAUUAUAUUAGUUACUUAAGGAAGUACCCAAAACCUUAUUAUAUAUUGUUAAUAUUUGUAAUUUGACUAAUAAAUUUAUGAGGUGGUAGUAAAGCGCGGUAUUCCCCCGCAUAAAAUGUAAUGCCGCGUAUGCUCUGGGUAAUACCGCGCAUGUAUAUCUAAUAUGCCUAAUGAAUAAAAAAAAACUGUAAGAAGCCAAAGUCAUUAUAUUUGGAAAUGUUUUAUUGUUCGAUAUAACAUAUAAACGAAAAAUCCAAACAAUAUUCUUAACAGCAGUAUUUUAAGAUUAAAAAAAAUAUAUAAAUACCUAAGAAAGUAUUUAAUUGCCAACAAUAAAAUAUGGUUUGUUAUUUAUUUAAAUUCCGUUUUUUGGCGUCUGCAGUACACAUAUCGCAAGUAUAUCCAUCAGCUGUUUUCCAUCCACUGCUCUCAGAAUGUGACCAAUUUGAACAGAAAGUACAACGGUACCAUAAUUCAUGAUUCUGUCCAAAUUCUCCGCAAACCAAGCAAACGUCAUUGUUUUGAGUCUACAUCAUCUAGUUCAUCAUCUUCGUAUAACUGUCUUUCGUCAUAACUACUUUCAGAAUCAGAGUCUUCUACUAUUUUUCUUACACAAGAUGUUUUUCGCGAUAAUUUUUAUUUAUUUGCUGUCUUAUUAAUAAAUUUUUCCUUUCUAUUUAUCUUUUUGUCUUCUGUAAGUUUCUUAUCUUUUUUUUCUUGUUUAGCUUCCAGUUGUUUUCUCAGUGGAGUGGAAGUAAAAAUCUCCGAAUGUUGUUUUUUGUAGGAUUUGGCUACAGUUUUCUUCUCAGUCAUUACUGGCAGCGGUACUAUUUUCUCUAUAAGAUUCAGUGAUUCAUUGAGAGAUGAGUUUUCUUUAAAAAUCUGAGUAGGUUUAUUUCCUUUUUGAGGUGGAGUGAUUUCAUUUUUAGCUUGCGUAGCAGUACUAGGUUCUUGCUGGAUAUUUAAAUGAACUUAUAAAUCACAUUCCCGAUUAAAAGCCGCUUUGAGAGGUCCGAAGAAAGUUAGGUCGAGUGGUUGAAGUUUAUGUGAUGUGUGCGGAGGAAUCGAUACCAUAAAGAUUCCAUUAGCUCGGCAAUAUUCAUAUAUAGUUAGUGAAAUAUGGCUCCCGUGAUUAUCCAGCACAAGCAACACCGGAUGAUCGGUUGUUGCCUUAAAAAACUGAUUGAAAUGUACGAUCCAGUCAAAAAAUAAUUCUUCGUUGAUCCAUCCGUUUUUGGAGCAACCAUAUAUAGCAGCAAUUGGCCUAUCGUUCUUCAAUGUAUGAACCAUACGCGUCCUAGGAAAUAUAAACAUCGGUGGCACGAAUUGUCCUGACGCACUUACUGAACAAACUGCAGUGACAUUUUUUUCCCUUUCCCAAGAUGUUAUCGAGCCAACUUGUUUCUGACCCUUUGCAGCCAAUAUUUUUACAGGAGUUUGCACAGUCGAUAUUCCUGUUUCGUCAACAUUGUAAAUACGAUUGGCUGUAAAUUUGUACUUUUCCGUAACAUCUUCUAAGUUCUUGAAAAACCGGUCUACUUCAGUUUUGUUGAAGGCAGUAAUUCGGUUUUGACUUGUACCUUCUGGUUUUCGAAGGCUUAUCUGGGGAUUACGCUUCAAAAAUAGACCCAUUCUUCACUAGCCAACUUUUUUUUCGUUAUCGAAUCUUUCAUUUCUUUGUUUUUUUUUACUGGAAACUCAUAAGCCAUAGAUAUAAGUCUUGAACGAGUUAUCCUGUAUAAAACAUUGGCUAAUUUAAUAAUGUGUAAAGCAAGGGCUUGCUUCUCUUCCUUAGUGAACACUAGACGUCUUCCCAACUCAGACUUUAUCAAAUUGUUAGCUUUUCUUCUAUCCCUUAAAGUAGAUUCCGGUGUACCGAAUGCUCUACCAACUUCCCUCACUGCUCGUCCGGCUUCUAUUGCAUUCAUAGCCAUUCUCAACUGCUCCUCAGUCCACUGACCCCUUAUUGUUUUUCUUUUAUAUGUCCUUGGCAUUUUUUCUAUAAUAAAAAAAAACUUGCCAAAGAAAAUCCAUAUGGGGUAAUUCCGCGCAGCGUGCUAUUCAUAGUCAAAUGAAACAGUAUAUAUUAAGCAACAAUUCAAAACCUAAACGAUACUAACAGCAUAUAAUACAACAAACUCACCUCCACUUGGAGGUCACAACAAAUAACAUAAACAUAACCUAAAACGCACAGACCUCACUUACGUUCUGCAAUACACUGAAAUUCUAACGAAACUUUCGACGGAUGUUUGUUUCUAAUGGAAGAACAUAUGCAGUGUUGCUAAGUCUUUAAGAAGUUUAUAGAUUCUGAUUAACCUGGUUGCGCGUUAUUCCCCCGUGCGCGGUAUUCCCCCGACUUCCCCUAAUUCUUCCAACUGAGGAAGAGAAAAGUUUUGAAGUAUAUCCAGGUACACGCAGCCAGUAAAUGUGGUUUCUAUGAAGAAGAAAGGACCAAUGAUUUUGUUGUGCAUAAGCCCCUACCACACAUUAACCUUUGGGCUGUCUCGUUGAAGCUCGACUACUGCAUGUGGGAUUUCAGAACCCCAAAUUCGUACGUUGUGGCGUUUUAUUGUACCAGACACAUGGAACGUGGCCUCAUUACUGAAACACCUUUUUCAGAAAAUCUUCAUCAUGCUCGAUACAUUGUAACAUGUCUACGGCAAAUUUCACACGUUUUGGGCGAUCUGUUGGUAACAGUGCCAACAGCAACUGUACCUUAUAGGCAUACAGACGCAACUGUUUAUGAAGAAUCCUGCGGAUUGUGGUUGUAGGCAUUUGGAGUUGCUUUGAAGCCUAACGAAUUGAAGUUUUUGGAUUGUGCUGGAAUGUUUGCCGUAUUCACUCCACAUUUUCUGGACUUGUGCUGGGUCGUCCGGCUCCACUUUUAUCCAAUAUGAUACGUUCCUCAUGAAGCUUGUGUGCCAUGCACGGAUGGAGGAUCUGGAUGGUAGAUCUCUUUGGAAUUUUGUCCUGAAGUUCCGUUGAACCGUGUAUCUGAUUUCGUUUCUAUGAACCAUGACACGCUUUGAGCUUUUUAUUGUGGUGUCCACAUUUUCACUUAUAACUAUUCAGCCUAUUAAAAAAAUAAACUUUAUUAGUUGCUGUAAUACAUGCAAAAGACAGAAUAUAAAUAUCUUGUUUAUGUUCGAAGUUCGAAUUUUUGAAGUUGUAAAGAUAAUUUUGGAACACCUUGUAUAUAUAUAUAUAUAUAUAUAUAUAUAUAUAUAUAUAUAUAUAUAUAUAUAUAUAUAUAUUAUUCUAGAGCAAGAAGUAGAUUGUUAAUGUAUUCAAACAUUUAUUGGACUAAAAAUUAUAAUGGACAGCUUAUUCACUAUAAGGAAAUUUAUAUUAUGCAGAAUGGAUGUUUUCCGGUUUUUGGUUUUUAUUUUGUAUUUAUUAGUUCUUUGCCAUCCAUUGUAUCGCCUCAGUCUAAAUCCAAAAAAAAACAGAAAAAUUAUUACAUUUGUCCUGGUAUUUCUAUAAUUUGAUCUUGUGCGAAAUAGCUGUAUACACUAGAUAUCGUUUAUAACGACCUUCCAUGGACCAGGCACAUUUGAUCGCUAUAGCCGAUUAAUUACAUUAAGCAAAUGUGAAAUAGGAAUUUCGUUAAAUCAAUUACACAUUGCCAACAUAUAAUAAUAAAAUGCUUUAUUAGAUAAUGAUAUAAAACUUAAUUUUUGUAAAGUAAUGAAUAUACAUAAAAGGAAAAUAUACUACAUAUUAAAAUAUGAAAAAUAUUUUACAUACACAAAGUGCGUUUAAAUUUUUUUACACAGCAUAUAAAUCUUUUUACAUUCAUAUACAAUUUACAGUUAUUAAACCAAAACGAAACUCUAAUUUACAAUUUAUAAUCCUCAAUUUUCUUCAAACAUAAAAUUAUACAGAUAAUUUAGUAUGUAGGUAUAAAUUUUUUAUCAAUUUCGAGCUGAAAAGUAAUCAGUAAUAACUUUAUUUUUUACAUUUUUUUUAGAUAAAACUUUCGCGAAAUUCUUUUUUCAAUGUCAUCAAGGCAAUUUUUAAUAUUUUGAGUAUAAAAUUCAUUGUCACACAUCACGAAUAUUUCUUCAGGAGUUGUGCCGCCCUUAGUGCUUCAGUUAACGGUAGGAUGUCCAGUUGGUCAUCCUCGUCUCCAUUGUCGCUGUAAAUAUCGGCGUCAAGUUUAUUGAUAAGGUUAAAAUAUCUUUAUUUAUUAUGGUUGGCAGUUCUAAGGAUUCGGACCACGGCAAAAACUCAGGUUCAUCCAGUGCGUUAAUUUUGGCUGGUUCUGAUGGUUGUUCCUCAUUUUGAUUUCCCAGGACACCAGAAUGUUUGAAACAAUUUUUUAUUGUUGUCGCAGGUACAUCUUCCCAAGCUUGGUGGACCAUUAUAAUAGAAUCAAGGAUGCUAAUUUUUGUUUCCCGAUUUUCCUCCACGUUUUGAAGAAACCUUAAAACAAGCUGCUUUCUAAAAAUGGUUUUGAUUUUCUGUAUUAUCCCUUGGUCCAUUGGCUGGGCAACGGACGUUGUGUUCGGUGGUAAAAAUACAACUUUUAUAAAUUCAAAAUCUCUUAAAUAAAAAUAUGAGAAGGGCAAUUAUCGAUGAGUAGCAAAAUGUGUCUGCGCUUUUUCUUUAAUUCCUUCUCCCAAUCUAAAAGGAAUUCGUUGAAAAGAUCGGAUCCAGACUUUCUGGUUAUUGUAAUAAUCGACUGGCAAAUUUUUUACAUUUUUGAAACAACGCGGGUUUUUAGACUUUCCUAUUACGAAAAGCUUACGUUUUUCUGACUCAUGUUUGCAGCAACUAAAAUAGUUAUCCUUUCUUUCGAAAGUUUUCUCUUUGAACAUUUUUCUCCUUUGAAGUGAAGGGUACGGUCAGGCGUAAGUUUAUAAAAUAAACCUGUCUCAUCAGCGUUAAAUACGUCACUAUUACUGUAGCCUUCUCGAAUAGUAGGUCAAACUUUGGAUAGCCAAUCAUCAGAUGUUGCCGAUGGGCGUCCCGCGGCUUCCCGCUAAGUUUUUUAAAAACAAUGGUAUGCCUAACGCAAAACCGUUGGACCCAACUUCUUGAAAUUUUUUCUCCCGAUUCUGAUGAUUCCCUGGAGCUACAGGGGAUAGAUUUUAAAAAAGCAAGCAGAUUUGGGCCAGAGAUAGGAAUAUUGCGACUUCGUUGGAUUUUAAAGCAUUUUAAAAGUAACUGAUCUAUUUCUUCGUUAGUGCAAUGACGGAGUUUCUUUUUUUUUAAUGAAUCCCCUUUUUGCACAAAAUCUUUUAUCUCUCUAACAUUUUAGCUUCUACUAAGGUACCUGUUCUUUUAUGUCCGGAUUCUCCCAUUUCCUUUGCUAUUUUUGCCUAAAUAUUAUCCUUCAUUUUCAUGUCCUUGUAACUUUUCAAUUUUUUUGCAUAUAAUGGAGGAUUUUCUUUCACUUUGUCAAUUAAUAUUUCAUCCUCUAGCGCAGAAAAGUCUAAUUUGUGGUAGGGGAAGGGGGGGCAUGACGGGGACCUUAACGUUUGAAGGGGACUAAAAGGCUCAAUUUUAAUUAUUUUGGAUGAUUAUUUAUUAAAAAUAAUUCUUACAUUAUUAAUCUUUGAGAAUCAGGAACUCGUUAGACAUGUUAAAUUAAAAAUAAGAAAUUAAAAAAAUAAUUUUGUCAAAGUCAUCGAACACUCGAUUUUGACAUUUGGUAGGAUAAGACGGAGUACCCACUGGGGCAAGAUGGGGAUGAGAGAAUUAUUUAAUUUUGACCACAAUACUCGCAAAUAAACACUGCCUCAUCGUCCUCUUCUUCUACUACAGCACAGCUACAGUGUGCCCAAUUCCCACAGUGGGAACACGCGACCCAUCCUUCAUUUGAUUCCAUGUGUCUUCCGUUGCAGUAAAAACAAGGAAUAUUGUUUUUCUCUUCAUCAUAUUCUGGUAAAGCGUGACUAUUUUUAUUCUUUUUUUUUAUUAGCGAUUUUCUUCUUUUAGUCAAUUUGAUAUUCUCGUUCUUUUUUUUUCUUUCGCAUCUUUUUUUCUCUUUUUGCUUUCUCCUACCUGCCUCUUCUUUUCGAUUGAUUCUUCCAAUUCAUUUUUAUAUGGAGAAGAAGUUAUAAUAGCUGAUUUUCCUCGUUUCCUUUCCACGCGUGAAAUUUUCCGGUUGGCAGGAUAAGGCAUCACUUAUUGAGGACUAACAACAGAAAAUACUGAUGGUGGAGUAGUUGGUCUUUGGUCAAUUUCUAUAUUAUUAAUUCAUGAAGAACAUCCAGGUUCAGGCUCUGCUUCAAUCAUCAGUGGUUGGUCCAUGGUGGCUUUGUCAGAUACUUCAGCUGUCGCAUCUGAAAUUAUCGUUUCAUUCAUUGUAUUUUCAGGAAUAACUGAACCGUCUGUUGACAUCAACGGCCUAUUUAGAGCUAUUGCUUCAUUGUCCUGCGUAGAAGCUUCUUGAAAUAGUUCAGUGAUAGAUGAUCUCUCUAUAGAUAGUUGAAAGACACAUGCCACACAGAACGCGAAAAUAACAAGCAACUUGAUAAAAACAAGUUUUUGGGCGCUAAGUCACAAACACGUAAUCUCAGUAACCAGUGACAGUGCUGACUGAGAAACAAUGCAACGGCGCGUCAUUACAAGCUAGAACGGCUGUGAUUAGUCGUUCGUACGACACGUGAGAUUCUCCGUCCCGUCUUACCCCCCUUUCCCCUACUUCUUACCGACGGACAUAUCUUCUUACAUUUAUGUUUUAUAAAAUAAUUAUAAUGCUGAUAGAAAUAAAAAUGCACAGAAUUCUAAAAUAUAAACAAAUUCAACAAGUUCCGGCGAACUGAUCCGUUUAAAAAUCGUUCAAAUCAAAACUAGUUUGAUUGAGACGAACUGCUGUCCGCACACUUUCCCGAAACUUCGUUCCGAUCUUUUAUACAAACCGCUACUAUGUACCACACAUAUACUGGGUUUUACCGAAAAUAUUAAAUAACUUUUCGUGCUAUACCACCGGAAUAUUUCGGGCCGAUCUGGUCAGAGAAACCAGGCCUUAAGGCUUGUAGAAUCACGGGUCCGGAAAAUAUGGUCGCUAUAACCGAUACGUCGUUAUAACCGAGGUUUUUAUAAAUGAUAUCCAGUGUAUAUAAUUUUAUAUAUUUUGUCAAUAUGUUUGAGAUUUCUGCCUGUAUACUUCCUAAUUUGAACCGUUAAAUUCAAUUUAGUGAUUGCGAAUAGAUACAUUUGAAAUAUGCUUCAAGGCUAUUACUUAUAUAUUACAAAUAAAAACUUUCUAUCGAGGUGAAAAUUUGGUUUGCAGUACCUCAUGUACGUCAGUUAUGACAAAAAUCACUUUUUUGUAAACAACCUCAUCUAGAUAUUUUCAUGUUCAAAUAUUUUUGUUAUACGUGUAAAUCACAUCUACACUUUAAAAAAUGUCUGUGAAAUAAAAUUUUUACAAAUGUAUUUUUCUAGUGCAUACAAGACAAGGUAUGAUGUAAUAUUAACAAAUGUUGUAUAAGUUUGUCAAUCUAGUCAGAUUAGCGCAAAUUUCAAUUAGCUGAUACUUCAGAACGGGUAUCUAACUUUAGGGAAAAAAUAUUUAACUGAUUCUUUUCUUUCCGAGACUAGAUUUCUUAUUAUUUUCAUAAUCUAAUAUAUAUUUUUAUAAAAAUUAAUUGUUCGUUUUCAUGUAUUCAACCCCUUAUAAUUAUUUCGCUGGCGCUAAUGGCAGAAACGGAGUGGACUCUCUUUUACGACUGUAAUUUGUCCAAUUAUCUACAGUUAUAAAUCCUAUAUAAAAAAUUCUGAUACAAUGUACCUUUGUACUGUAGAUAAUACAUGAUUUAUUUUUUUAUGCAUAUUAGCACUGAACAUGUUGCAUUUUGGUCACUUUAUUUUUGGGUAUGACUGAGCUUUAGGAGUAUUAAAGGAUACUUUUUUAAGCUUUAACUGUAUACAAUUUAGCAUCAAUUCUGUGCAGUUAUAUUGAAUGAUGGAUUUGUAGUUUGUUGUAAAUAAAGGUAUGUAAGGCUUUUUACAAAUAAAUUCUUUACACUA